AAGGCCGGUCCGAUCUGCCAUAUUCGGACCGACCAGCCCAGUACGCGUCCUCAGCCUCUCGUUCUCUCCAGGCUCCUCGCCGCCGCCGCCGCCGCUCGUCUCAGCAGCCACCAGCCGCCGCCAUCGACCACUUCCUCCACUCCUCCUCGGUGUCGACUACCAAGUUGAAGUUGGAUGAUGCGGGGGACGAAGCUUCCGUGCUCGCCGGAGGCAGGGCCGAGGUGUGGAGGACAGGAGGAGCACGGCCCCGACAUCCGCAAUGAUGGAUUGGUUGCUGCUUCUUCAAGGGUUAAGAGAAUGAAGGUCUCGCACUGCCGGCAAAAUUGUUCGUCAACUGACGAUGCAAAUGGCCAGACAAAGACAGGGGCCUCACCCUGCCAACAAGGCGAUACCACUCAGACAGAGCAGUGUUCAGAGCCAUAUCUUCCCGAGGACAUCUGGCAUCAUAUACAUUCCUUGAUGCCACUGAAAGAUGCUGCCAGAGCUGCCUGUGUGUCUCAGUCCUUCCUGUCUUCCUGGAGAUGCCGUUCCAACCUCGUUCUUAGUAGGGAAUCAUUUGGCUUGGGUCAAGGUGAUAAGGAAACAGCUAGAGAUUUUAGAAGAAAAAUUGACCAUAUUCUGAGAAACCACUCAGGAACUGGCGUGAGAAAACUCAACCUUUGGUUGGUUCCAAAUUACAAUGCGAAGAACUGUGGUUACGUUGACAAAUGGCUUGAGAAGGCAGUUACACCAGGGAUUGAAGAACUCACCCUUAGUAUGCCUAUAAACAACAAAUCCAAAUACGAGUUUCCAUGCACGGUUUUAUCAAAUGGGAGGGGGGACUCGCUUCGGUGUCUUUGCCUUACCAAUUGUUCUUUUCAUCCUAUAGCCUUGCUUGGUUGUUUGAGAAGCUUGACCAAAUUAGAGCUGUUUAUGGUGCGUAUUCCAGGGGAUGAGCUAUGCUGCCUUCUUUCUAGUUCUUCAGCUUUAGAGUGGCUUUCACUUAGGUAUUGCAGUAAGGUAAACUGCUUGAAGAUACCAUGUCACCUUCAGCAUCUAAGGCACGUGAAGGUGGAAGAUUGCAGCAUGCGAAUGAUAGAGAGCAAAGCUCCAAAUCUCUCCAGCUUUCAGUUUAAAGGUGACCUCAAGGUACAAGUCUCACUUGGAAAAGCAUUGCAAGUGAAGAGCUUAUACAUGAGGAGCACCGUAUUUGGUUGUGACACUCGAGCAGAGCUGGCGUCCAGCAUGCCAAGCAGGGAGGUGGUCAAUUCACCAAUUGUGUCUAGCAAACUCACCGACCUGAAAUCUAUGAUCAUCUGUCUUGGAGAAAUGGCCUUUUGCCUGAGCUUUGAUUGUCAGUCUAUGUUUUCUAUCCUUGGUGCUUCUCUUACGUUGGAGACUUUCAUCUCACGUGUAUCUGAUGAACUCAUGCAGCAUGCCUUAGUUUUCGGAGAUCCCUCAAGAUCGUGGAUGUUGGACAUGAGUGGCGGCGGCGUGUCCCCAUUGAAUAAGAGUCUGAUUAAGCUAGCGUGUCAUAUCCUCAGGGCCUGGUUGAUUUAAACCUGUCCCUGUUCUGGGAGUGCAAGGACUGUCACGGGGACAUGGUAAUGCCAAAUGUCAUGCAUAGAGCACUCUGCAGUUGGAAACUAAACUAAGUGCAAGUCUGUCUCCUGAGUUUCUGAAGCUUUGUGUGGUCGAUCAUGGUGUUGAACAUUAGGUGUUAUGCUAAUUAUAUUCGGUUAUAGAUUUUGUAGCUGGGUUAUUGUUUCCUUAAAUUACUAGAACUGGUCAUUGUUAAAUUGAUGUAGUUCGUCUGUAAUAUUACCUACAAUAGAAGUGUUGCUAAAUAAAGUUACUCUGCUUGUUA